CGCCCCGAGCGAGGUAUGUGCCUUUUCGCUGGUCGAUCCUUAGAUUUUUCUCUCUUCUGGAAGAGAAGUGUCGGGACGCCUCGCUCCGGGCAGCGGCGGUGGCUGACGGGCUGAGAGAUCUGCCCUUGCUCCCCGUGCCACGUUCCUGCGCUCUGCCCUGGACGAGAAUUGCCGCUGUCGCUGCCUGCCCAAGACUGCUUUUGACCUGAAUCUACAAACCAAUGAAGAAAUGAAAGGACAGAACAUAACAACUGUCAUUAUCUGUUUAUGUCAUGUCAGUGCUACACUUUGGGGUUUUACAGAACAGGAAGAAGUAACAGGGCUGUUUUCCAAGGAUUGCAUCCUCCCUUGUCGUUUCCCACCUGGGCACGAUGAAGUAAUUCACUGGAAAAAAGAGAACAAAUAUGUGCACAGUUACUACCAGCACAAGGAUCAGCUGCAAGGACAGGAUCCACAUUACAGACUCAGAACACACCUUUUCCCCGAGAACAUCCCUAGUGGAAAUGCCUCCUUGAAACUUAGUAACCUGACCAUGGCUGACGAGGGCCCUUACACCUGCUACGUGGGAACAGUGCAAGAUCAAACAUUGGUGCUAGUGCUGCUACACAUAAAAGCUCCUUCUUCUUAUGCACUGGAAUACCAAAAGACAAACACAGAAAGGAGACUGAAGUGCUAUGCUUUUCUCACUUACGUAGCACCAACUAUAUCUUGGGUACAGGGCAAUAUAUCCGUCCAAGAGACAGAUCGGGAGGAAACUAGGAAUGGAGUUCUCUAUUCUCUUAGAAGUGACAAGGACAUUAUAAACAUGACAGAUACUUACUACUGUCAUAUUCGUUUGGAUCACGAAGUGUGGGCUGCUGAAUGGAAGAUGCAAGACCACCUGCCUAAGGUGGAAGGAGAGAGCACCGUAAUUCCUUGUGAACACGGCAAUGACACUGCAAGCACUGAUAGUUUCAGUGUUGUCUGGACAUUUCACAGAAAUGCAGUGACCUCAGUCCUGGCCUCCUUCAAUGGCACGUCUCACUCUCACCAUCCUCGAGCCCAGGUUAACGAAAGUGACUUCUCACUGAGGCUGGAUCAUCUUACUGCAGGCGACAGUGGAGAAUAUCUCUGUAAUAUCUCAACACCUCUCUACACAAAACUUGCUGUGACAACUUUGCACGUCGAAAAUUCAGGUAACGCUGGGAAAAUUGUGUUUGUUGCAUUGGCAAUAGCAGUGGCAAUAGCAGUGGCAAUAGCGGUACUUUGCUGUCUCAAGAAGAGAAGGAAGAGAGGAAUCAUAUGAACACCUUGACAUACAGGAAGAAAGUAGCUCUCUGCACACAGAUACUACUGACAUUAGUGAUGAAAACAACCAAGAGUUCCUCCACCUUCCCCUUUGAGUUACAGUAAGCACCACAUGCAAAUGUGAUUUUCUGAGCAACAGUAAUGGACAAAUGGGGAGGAAGAAAGUCAAUGGACACUCGUAUGUGAAAAGUCGUGGAGCAUCUCACCCCCCACAUGAGCUUACCUGUUGCUUUUUAACUGGUGAGUUAAACCAGACAGAGCUGUUGUGUAGGGAGUUAUUUUGGCACCAUGGGAUUCUCAUCUGGAAAGAUAAACUGGAAUUCUGACUGACAGGCUCCUGCCUUUACAAACUGUAUAAGCUGUGUGAAACUUUCACAAUGCAGAAGUCUUCCACACAUUUUCUUGGAAACUGGAGUUUCUCCUCAGAGCAGGGACGCCUGCUUUGCACUUAGUCCUCUGGUGGCUGAGUAUUUCUUUUGCUAGUUUUAAUAUAGGUACCUUGUUAUCAUGUACUGUUUCAUGUAAUCUCCUGGUAGUUCUUUUGUUUUAUACUGUCAGAAUUAGCUCAGGUUAAGAUCUUUCAUGUGUUACCUCCUGGCUGUUCAACAAAUACCUCAUUUUAUAAAUAGAUCUGAUAUGCCAUCCUUGGAACUUGCAGGCCAGAGUGAUUUCUUAAAUUUAAGCUGUUGUCAAAAAUCUGAGGCUAAGGCAGGGCUUGUGUGAAGCUCCCAUUCGCCCUGUGACAAGUCAGCAUGCAAAAUUGAAUUUCCUAAAGGGAUAAGGACAUUUCCAGAGAAGAAAUCCCUAAAUUUUAAGGUUUUUUUUUUUUCCAGGGCGAAGGAAAAAGAGCUUACUGGUUUUCAUUUCAUUUUUUAUUUUAUUUUAAAAUAAAGACCAUGUCUGCUGUCGACAGCAGUGAGUCUGAGCCCAGCAGAGCGUGCUGGGCUGGCAGUGAUGGGGGAGCAGAGGAGUGUCAGAGUGGGAACAGCUGUGGGAACACAACAGUGGCAGAGUGAGGUGUGAGAAGCUGAAUGCUGCCAAGCACAGCCCCUCACAGCAGUCUGGAAAAUGGGCUGUGUGACAUGGACCAUCCAGCUUUUGGGGGUUUAUCCAUCAUUGUUCUCCACAGGCUCAGGGAUAGGAGCCUCCCCCACCAUCCUGCUUUUGUCUUGGGGGCCACAUGGUGUGUAGGAAUGGUCUUAGUCUGGAAAAACACGUGGAGCUGGCAGCACUGGGGUGGAUACCAUCUUGUCCUUGUCCCAGGGGACCACAUGGACAUGACCUACAGGGAGUGUUCACCAUCUUGUCUUUGUCCCAGCAGCCACGUGGAGCUAAGUUGAGGUGGUGAACAUCUUUUUGUGGGUAAAGCAUCUCUUCUUGUAUACUUUUGUUAUUAACUUGUUGCUUUUUGCUGUCAGUAAAUUAUCUCAACCCACAGUCUCUGCUUUUUUUACCAGAAAGGGGUGGGAGGAAGGGGAGUGGCUUAUUUGGAGUUUAAUUUUCUGGGUCGUGUUAAACCACCAUGGAUCAGUUCCCUGUUUAAAGGCAAGAAAGAUUGAAGAGAAUUUGUUAUUUCUGAGCCACAGGGAGGUGUCCCUUGACACCAUAUCCUGUGCCUAUCCUGCAGCUGGCAAAGAGAAGUCCCUUGACUGGUGGUAGUGGAAGCUUGUAAAUGGAUUAUUUAUAUGGAAAUCUUUACUUUCUCUUUUCCAAAACUCAGGGUCCUCCAGGCAGGACAAAUGGAACCUGGGUUAUCCCAGCUUUAAGGGCUGUCCCUUCCACAGGUUUAAUCUGUGCUGCUGUUGUGUUUUUGCAAUAGCCAUGAGGGGGCAUGACCAGAACCCUAAUGUUAUUUGAUACUACCCCACCUCACUGGGGAGAGGGACUGUCUGUGUGGUAAAAGGGGUUCCUUCAGGGAGGGGCCCAGGGUGAGCAUUUCUCUAUGUGCAUCACCCUCUCUUUUGUAUACUUUUUUAAAUUAAUAUUGUUGCUGUUACCAUUAAUUUUCUUAUUUCAUUGCUGUUUCCAGGAAAUUGUUCUUAGCCUGUGGUUUUUCACCUUUUGUGCUUUCAAUUCCCAACUCCAUUCUGGGAGUGGGAAGGGAAGGGAGAGCAAGAGAAUGGCAGUGUGGUUUGAGAGAGUGAAAGGAAAAGUACUGUUAUAAACCAGGAUAGCUGCUUUAACAAUCUGCAUAUAAAAUAUGUGAGGCUGUGCAGCAUGACUGCAUUUGCCCUUAGUUUUGAUUUUGUUCAGAGAUCUGCCAAUUAGGAUUUGUUCCAACAUAAUGAAGUCGGCUGUUGGCAAGAUGUAAUCUUCUAUUGAUCCCUAAGGCUUGGCAAAAUAAAAAGUAAAUAAAUGAAAUACGCUAUACAGUCUGUUUAGAUUUUCACUUGAUGUUUAUUUCUGUAAGUGCUUAUUUUUUUCUGCAUCUGCUUUCAGUUGUGCCUGAUUAUGUCAAGUAUUUUCUCAUAUUUGUCAGCUUGGACUUUUUUAUUCCUCUUCAUGAACCUGAAAAGCAAUUGAGAUAGUAUGCAACUGUUAAAAACAGAAAUGCCAAGAGGUUUUAGUGUGAGUUCACAAGACAGUGACAAAAGCUGCACUAAUGCUUCUGUUCCCUGGUAUUUGGUAUUCUGUUUCCUGGUAUUAUACCAGUUUGUAUCUGAUAUAGACUAGCAGCAGUCUAGCCAACAUUUGCCAUCUUAUUCCAGCUAACAAUGCAGAUAUCCUGUCCUUGUUGUAGAUUAUAUAGAUCCUUGUGAUGGCAGAGGACUUCCACAACCCUUUUUUAAUAGAUGGUGAUGCUCUGAAUGACACACACUCCCCACCUGAAUGUACUUCUGGCAGCUCCUGCAUUUGCUGCCACAAGCAGCAAAUGUUCCACCGAGCUCAUCUUUUGGCAGAGCAACACUCUGCUCCAUUGCCAGAGCUGCAAUCGGUGUUGGCAAACAGCAUCUGACUAGUAAAAACAGGCAUCCACUUUUCUGUGACUUCUGCAUGUUUGAAGCAUUAAGAUGGUACCAGUAAGGUACAGGAAAUAAACAGCAACUUUAACAGUAUUUAAAAAAAUAAAUUAUUCUCAUGGUG